UUCCCCGUCUCCCCUUCGUCGGGCGGUGCUUGUGUGGGGGAUGCGCCACCAGAAAUCGGGCUUGAAGUCAAGCAGAAGCUUCGGCCAAACUCCGGAAAGACCUGGAACGAGCGCUCACCUCAAUUACAUCGACCCUCCCCCCUUACCCGCCAGGCGAGAGCGAGGAACAAGCGAACAAGUCCGAACGAGCCAGAAAGGAAUGAACAGAACAGGAAAGACAGCACCAAAGGACGAGGACCUGCUAGAACCAAGCAGCAAGAACAAGAGGGGAACAAGAACAGUAGCGAGAAGUUGCCUAGCCUUGCUAAGCACAAGACUGCGCGGUAUCUUCGAGCGGGAGUCCCAGAAGAGAGAAUGGGACGGGCAGGAGAUCUAUUCAUUAUGAAGGAAGGAAGAACUGAUUUGAUCAACGCGGAGCUCUCUUUAGCUGCUGUUCGAUUUCACCUGUUGGAUUCCUGGUACUCUUUCUUAGCUUCAGGAAAAGCGUUAGGGUCAACCAUCCACAACCAUGCUGCUCAGCAUGAUGGUACACAGGCAUUUAGGAAGAGCAGACCCAAACCCUCUCUCUGCGCUAUAGCGCGUCUUGUCUGCUAUUUAAGGAGCGAAGCGGCCAGUAGCUUUUCCUUCCUGGGGCAGCAACUGAGGGUAGUGCUUGGGAAUGCUAUUCUAGCUCCCUUUAUUAGAUCAAAUUCUUCUUCAUCUGUAUGUCUGGUUCACUCAUUCCAAAAAACAAACAAGAUCAUCCUGUAUGAUAGG